GAUGAUGGUCCUGAUGGCGGUCUAGGCUGGUUAGUGGUUGCAGGCGCUUUCCUCGGUCAAUUCACUUCGUUUGGAACCUCUUCUAGUUGGGGUAUUAUGCAAGAAUAUUUUGAGCGUAAAGUAUUUUACGAUGUACCCGAUGCACAGCUCCAACUUAGUUUUGCAGGCACCAUUAUGGAACUCAUGGUCGACGUGAUGGGCCCUGUCUUUCAAAUCAUCUCAGCUCGCUACGGGAUCCGAUCCGUCCUUAUUCUUGGGUCGUUCUUGGGUGUUCUCGGGUUAGAAAUGGCUGGAUUCACCACAAAGAUAUGGCACUUGUAUCUAACACAAGGUGUGCUUUUUGGAUCAGGCGCUUCCUUUCUGUAUGUGGCGGCCAUGUCUGUGCCUGCUCAGUGGUUUAACCGACGAAGAGGAUUAAGCCUCGGUGUGGUAUCCUCCGGGUCUGGCGUUGGCGGGCUAGUAUUACCGUUUUUAAUGACUGUUCUCAACAACAAACUAGGUGCUUCAUGGACUUACCGAAUAAUGGGAUUUCUGUGUUUAGUAUUGAAUACAAUCACUUGUAUGCUUGUCAAAGAAAAGUACCCUCGACACAAGAAAUACAAGGCUAAGAUAUUCAAUUUUAGCGUGCUUAGAGAUCUCAACUACCUCCUAUGGAUGAUCGGUUCCAUGAUUUCCCUCAUGGGAUUUUUCGUACCUUUCUUCUUCCUUCCUUCAUAUGCAAGACAUAUCGGGCUGUCCAGCGCCGAUGGUACAGCUCUUGUUGCAGUCAUGUCUGCUGGUAACUGCAUCGGACGUGUUGGCGUAGGGUAUAUUGGUGACCACAUAGGGCGCUUGAACGCCAACAUUCUCUUUACAAUGAUAAGCGGAGCCAGCUCGCUGACAAUUUGGGUGUAUGCAUACGAUUAUGGAACACUUAUGGCAUUCGCAGCCGUUUUUGGUCUUGUUUGCAGCUCCUAUGUUGCUUUACUCUCACCUAUCACUGCUACUAUCCUCGGAAUCGAACGGUUUCCCACAGGUUUAUCCAUUUUGUUGCUUUCCAAUAUGGUCAGCGUAUUUGGUCCCAGUAUUGCUUCUGCCAUUGAAAGUCAGGUCCUUGUUGAGCCAUACUUGACAUACAAGAUAUUUUGUGGCGUGACAUAUAUCGUUGGAGGCUUCUUUUUGAUUAUACUUAAAUUCAGAAUGACCCACAGUUUCAUUGUCAAAAUCUAA